UUGCCUUUAACGAUUGCCCAAUUCACUACUUGACCUUGAUGUAAUAUUUAUUGAAUUAUUCGCGCAUGCGCUAAAAAUCGGCCAUAUAACAUAAGUGCCAAGAAUCGAUAAAAUCUCAGUAUAGCUAACGUAUGUUCCACAUCAGCCAAAUCAGUUCCAAAAUGCUGUCCAGGCUUUUGUUUUUUAUGUGCGUGUAUAGCGUCAGCUGUGAACCAGAAACUGUGAGGGAUAACUUCGACUAUUUCAGUUAUGGUAACGAAGAGAAUGUUUUGAAGAACUUGGAUUUACACACGCCCAAAGAUGAAAUAGUUCUCAGACCUCAAGAGGUCAAGGACUGGCCUCAACAGUCUCUGAAUGUGGGACAAAUUACCGCGGUCUCCAUUAAUUCUUUGGGGCAGCCUGUUAUGUUUCAUAGGGCCGAAAGAAUCUGGGAUGAAAGUACAUUCAAUGAAUCAAACGUUUACCAGAACCUGGAUAAAGGACCAAUUAUCGAAGAUACAAUUUUAGUACUUGAACCUCAAACAGGUUCUGUUUUACAUAGUUGGGGUGCUUACGCAUUUUACAUGCCCCAUGGAUUAACUGUAGAUCACCACGACAAUGUAUGGGUAACAGACGUUGCUAAACAUCAAGUAUUCAAGUAUACGCCUAAUAACCACAAAUAUCCCAGCCUUACGAUUGGAGAAGCAUUCACAGCAGGCUAUCCGUACAGACGAAGGGUACUUCUAUGCAUGCCAACGUCCGUUGCCAUAGCGACCACUGGCGAAAUAUUUGUAGCCGAUGGGUACUGCAACAAUCAAAUACUAAAGUUCAAUGCCGCGGGAACUCUCCUCUUCGCUAUACCAGCCUUCUCAGACACGCUGACUUUAAAUUUGCCACACAGUGUCACGUUACUGGAGCACUUGGAUAUAGUGUGCGUAGCUGAUCGAGAGAAUAUGCGCAUUGUCUGCCCUCAAGCUGGGCUGAAGAGCUACGCCAAAAUGCUGGAGCCCGCAACGGUUAUAGAAGACCCGACCUUGGGUAGAGUGUUCGCUGUGACGUCACAUGGUGAUAUCAUCUAUGCGGUGAAUGGGCCGACUGCUCAAAACAUUGCGGUGCGAGGUUUUACUGUUAACGCCGUUAGCGGCCGAAUUUUGGAUUCUUGGGAACCGAGCACGGGCUUCACAAAUCCACAUUCCCUGGCGGUGACUCGGAACGGAUCACAUCUGUAUGUAACCGAAAUCGGUCCUAACAAAAUAUGGAAGUUCGAGUUAACAGAUGUCUACGACAAGUAACUUGUAAAUUGUUCACCUUCAGGAAGCUUUAAACAUGUAUUACCUAACCAUAGGGACCUGCUUUGGUAAAGCGAAUAAAAUUCGUAAAUGUAGUCGUUUAAUAUACAUAAUUUACCUACAUUAGAUUAUAUGCUUCUUAAUUGGUGAAUACUUUGAGUAUUGAUUUCGUUACAACGAGUAUUAAAGAAAUAUUUUUAAAUGCAUAUUGAAAGGUAUAUCUAUUACAGAUUUAUAAAACUGAUAAGGCAUACACUGACAGAAAUACUGUUGUCUCUUUCGAUUAAAUCAUAAAUAUUUGACAGAAAGACAAAUGAGUGAAUGUAAUUAUUGAUUUAGUUUUUUGAACUUGGUAAAUAAGGAGUUCAAUUGUGGUGUACUAUUUUAAAUAUAAUAGACACUUUAUUAAAUGCUCUAAACAUGUUCGAAGAUAAUAUCGUAAUUCCAUAGUUUUCACAUACAAAGAGAGAUUAUUUACUUCAAUUUACAAAGAGUAAAUACUUAUAAUUAGCGUUUGGCCAAAUGUAGCCAUUUAGAAAUUAUUAAAUAAAUGUUCUAUAUCUUA